UAGUCGAAAGCAAAGCGCCAUUUCCGUUUACUCGAACUCUCUUUCUCUCACUCUCUUCGUCUCUCGAAAGCGCAUCGAAUCGACCAUUGAGUCGCCCCCUAGGAUUUUGGGGGCGGGAACCCUCCCCUCUCGAGCCAAAUUUCCGGUGCAUCACGAUGAAAAUAAGGACCUGAUGGAGGAAGAGGAGGUUGAAUAUGAAGAAGUCGAGGAAGAGAUAGAAGCGGAGGAAGAAGAGGAAGCUGAGGAGGAGGAGGCUGCGCAAGAAGAAAAUGCGGCUGCUGAUGGAAAAGGCCAUGCUGGUGAUGAUAAUAUGAAAGAUGCUCAUGAGGGUGAGGAUGAGGAUGAUAGUGAUAAGCAGGCUGAGCUUCUUGCUCUUCCUCCUCAUGGAUCUGAGGUUUUUAUUGGUGGCAUUUCCAAGGCGUCUGAAGAAGAUGUGAAGCGCUUUUGUCAAUCUGUGGGGAAAGUCACCACGGUUAGGUUGAUGACAAACAUGUACUCAUCUGAGAAGAAGGCUUAUGCCUUCGUUACUUUUAGAACCAAGGAGUUAGCUACAAAGGCCAUCAAGGAACUGAACAAUAAUGAACUAAAGGGAAGGAAGGUAAAAUGUUCAACUUCUCAUGCGAAGAACAAGUUGUUCAUUGGUAAUGUCCCUUGUCGCUGGUCAGAGGGUGACAUGAGGAGAGCAGUGGAAAAGGUUGGUCCUGGAGUAAUUAAAGUCAACUUAAAGGAGGUCAGGAACUCCAGUUAUAAUUGUGGUUUUGCUUUCGUUGAAUACUAUAAUCAUGCUUGUGCCGAAUACUCGAGAGAGAAGAUGUCUACUCCAGAAUUCAAGUUGGAUUCUAAUGCUCCUAUAGUGGGCUGGGCAGAGCCAAAGUGUGGUGAAUCUUCUUCUGCUUCUCAGGUGAAAACACUCUACAUAAAGAACUUGCCAGCGAAUGUGACCAAAGAACAGCUGAAAAAGCUGUUUGAACACAAUGGACAAAUUACAGGAGUGGUGCUCCCUCCUGCCAAAACUGGGCGUGAAAAGAGUGUGCCUUUUGUACAUUUUGAAGGGCGAUGGAUGGCCAUGAGAGCUCUCAGGAACACAGAGAGAUACGAACUUGAUGAUGAUUUCUGCAGUUUCUGCUCACUACUUGGCACUACAUUUCUUCUUCUUUUUUUUGAGAGGAAGGUCUAGUUCUGGAUUGCUCCAUAGCCAGGCCUUCAGCUGAGAAGAAAGAUAAGGCAGUAGAUAAUUACAAAAGGGUUGGUUUGUUACCAUUACCAAGUUAUUCUCCUUUUGGAUAUGGUGUUAUGCCGGGUGCAUAUGGUGCGAUUCCUGCAGCUUAUCCUGUGAUUUGCGGAAGGAGAACUCCUGGCUUGAUGGUACCUUCGAUGUUACCCGACGGGCGGCUUGUGCAACCUGGACAACCUGCGGCCGCCCCACAGCAGCGAGGAGUUAAUAGGAGUAGAAGUGAUAAUAGACGUGGGGGAAGAUAUCGGCCCUACUGAAUACUCCGGUAAAAUUGUAUGCUUUCCAAAACCUUCUUUGUUGUGUCCUCUAAAACAUGUGCAGCCUGAUGAAGAUAUGUAAGCAAGAGAACUGUAGUCUGUUCCUGACAUUCUACUUUUUGGAAAAACUGUCCUGGAAGAAGUAAUUCCAUUCCUAGCAAAAUUACUCAGUUGCUUGUCGGUGUUGUUCAAUUCCCCCCGUAUGUUGUUUGUUGCAAAAUGAAAUACGAUUAUGAGAAUGAUGAUAUUAACAAAGCUUUGAUUACUGAUGCAGAGACACAUCAAAUUCAGUUA